UGGAUUAUAUGGGUAUUAACAAUACUAAUUCUAUAUUAUGUAAAUUUUUAAUACAUAUUAUUAGUUAAGUCUGUUACUAAUAUUAAUUAUUUUAAGUCUAUAACUAAGUCUAAUUGUUAUUUUAUAAAGGAGCAAUUGGUUCAACAUUUUAUUUAGGUUUAACAACAUCUUCAUCAUCCUAAAAUUCAUAAUUGUUGUUGUUACUAUUCGAUUUAUUUUGAUAACAAUCCCAAAUUAUUGUUGUUAUGGCUCAUCUAAUCUGUUUAGAAGAACAUAAUAUUAUAAUUUUAGAAUUAAUCAUUUUUUCUAAAUACACCAAUUUCUUAUAAGGUCAGUAUGCUUUUGUUAAUAUACAUAAAAGAUACUACUAAAGUUCUUGGUUUAUAAUUCAAAGUAAAUAUAUCUAAAUAACAACAAUCAAUAUAAAUUUGUAAUUUUAGGAUUACUUGAA